CACACACACACAGAGUCGCAUCACGCCAUAGGAAUCUCCGCCAGCUGCGCAGAAUCACCAGCCCUCUCACAUCAGGGUUUUCCGUCGCUCUCCGCGGAUUUACGGGACUUAUUUAUUUAAUUACACGUUAUAUAAUACACACCGACAAAAAAACACACACUGCUCGUCCUCAACCUACUAACGCGCCCAAUGCACAAGACCUCCUGACGGACUUGAAACGACAGCGGUGACCUGGAUAAUCGCUCGCCCCUGACACGGACGCAGGCCUUGUGAAAAGACAGGCUCGCGCUCACACACACUCCAAAAACAGACAGGCGGCAGUGUCAGCAGCUCAUCAGCAAUCUGCAGCACCGCCGAGAGGUCUCCGUCGGCCUGCAACGCUCUCUUCCUCCUCCUCCUCCUCCUCCUCUCCCAGCUCCAUGGCGGACCCUGGCCUCACGUCGCCCUCGGAGACCCCACUCCGCUCUCCCAACACCCCGCUCUCCCUCUCCUUCCCCUUCCUGAGGGAGGGGAGCCGGGUGUGGGAGGAAGGGGGAGAGCCGCCGCGGCCCAGGGAGCUGCCCAGCCCGCUGCCCACCAAACGCACCCGCACCUACUCAGCCACGGUGCGUGCUCACUCAGGCCCGGUGUUUAAGGGUGUGUGCAAGAACUUCUCCAGGUCGCAGGGUCACGGCUUCAUCCGCCCCUCCCACGGCGGGGAGGACAUCUUUGUUCACAUCUCAGACAUCGAGGGGGAGUACGUCCCGGUCGAGGGCGACGAGGUCACGUACAAAGUGUGCCGAGUUCCUCCCAAGAACCUGAAGGUGCAGGCAGUGGAGGUGAAAAUCACACAUCUCAACCCAGGGACGAAACACGAGACCUGGUCCGGUCAGAUCAUCAGCUCCUAGGCCUGAGCUGCAGGCCUGCUGGGUCACGCGGGGCAGAGGGGCACGGAGGGGUUUGGGCACGGAGCGGUUGAGGGUUUGGGGGAUUUACAUUCUGUCCUCCAAUCCUUUUUAUGUCUACCUUGAGUUUUACCUACACAGCAAAGCUUCCAGUAGCAAGUUAUAUUUUCAGCCACAAUAAUUUGGAGGUGGAGAGCGCUGUUUGUCCACACACAGCGCCGACAUUUCUCUGGGGCCUCGUUUUAAAACGAUCUGAAAGUGUAAAAUCAACCCUGAUGGGUGUGGAUUUGUGUAAACACUGGAACAGUAUUGAUUUUUAAGCUCUGGGAAUUCAGCUAUAGCCCUGAGGAUUUUGCUGUGUAUGUGGAACUAAAUAAUUCAUUUUCUUUACUUUGCUGUCACAUUAGGAGAAAAGUUUUUUUUUUUUUUUUUUUUCCCCACAUUUUGACAGCGGUGAAAGAAAUCAGUCUCACAUUAAUGGGAGGAAAAAGUUUAGAUUUGAGAUGGGAAUGUGUGUCCAGCCAGAGACCAGGUCGGGGUGAGCUGAUGGUUUUCCUGGAGAUCGGCCCUACAACAGACGGACAGCAGGACACAAACUGUCAGGCCGUUGUGGUGCAGUUCUCCAAAGCGAGAUGGGACUGGGCAGCGUAUGUGCAAGGAUGAGAGGCCGAGAGGCACAGCACUGAGUUCAGUUUCUCUUCCCUUCUUCUCAGAGUCACUGUGCACUUGCUCGCCCCACCCAAACAGAUUUGAAAGAUCAGGGCCGGGGUGCAGGCACGGGUCAGACGAGCUGUGACCUUAAAUCUCCACUCCAGUGUCUCUACACUGAGUGCACACUUUGGGAAGACGGGUUGAAAAUCAGAAUUCAGUAAGAGAUGACGGAUGUGAAAGCAAGUAGCAGAGGGAAUCAAGGUGGAAGAGAUUUGGAAGAGAUUUGACUGAUGGUGAAAGUAGGAUGUGCAGCGAAAAUGUGGCAUGUUGACAAUCCUUACAGCAGUGAUUUUGCAUUGAGGAACCCAAAUAUCAUAUAUUAAAACAAUAUCUCCCCACUAAAAGUUACUUUUUGUCUUUGACAAAACGUCUCAUGACCCACUUUUGGGUUUCAGCCCCGCCAGUUUAGAAACAUGACCUCAGAGGACAAAAAGGAGAAGGAACAGUUUUCAAAGAGAUGGUGAUGGCAAUGUGAUGAAGGUUAGAGGGAUUGAAAGUGAGAAAAGCAGAAGGAAAUCUAUGACGAAAAAAAACAAGCAUGAAGAAAGACUGGAAUUGGAGCAGACAAAACACAAGAUACCUAGCAUGGACGUUUAAAAUAAUAAUAAUAAUAAUAAUAAAAAAAAAAUAUAUAUAUAUUUUACUGUGAAUGGAAAAGCGAUUUGGAGUAUUUUCCUGAAAAAUGCAUUACCUUGUUUGUAUGUUCUUGUUUUCAUUUAUUUAUUGAAUUUAUUUAUUCGAUGCUUUGUUUAGAUUUGUAUGUGUCUUGAGAUUGCUACCUGUGCACUAUGUUUUAGGGCGACGUAGUCAAAAUGUGCACUUAAUUUGAAAUCCUACCGAGUAAAAACUGCCACAGACUCCCAGACUUCACUAUCAGGGUUUACUCAAUAUGUUGUCCUGUUUGACAAUUCCAGCUUCAAAAGGGUUCGAGCCAUGAAUUGCUAAAAAAAAAAAAAAAAUAAAUAAAUCUCUUUCUAAAUCUCUUUUUCUAUCGUUAGAGAAUCUAUAUAACUGUGUGAUCUAUUGAGAAUAAUUAAUGUGAUGGUGGACUACACAAUUUCAUAGUCGAUGCCAAUAGAAUUCAUUGUCACUGAAACGUUAUUUGUAGUUUUUCCAUGUCUGCCCGGUAUAUAUUUUACUGUAUGUCAGUUUAUAAUAUAUUUAUUCCAUAAAGUCUCUAUGCAUCUUGCCUAUGUGUCAACUUCACUGCCUGGAUUUGUUCAGCAUUAAGAGUUUGUGUUCGGUUUUCCCAUCAAAGGGCACUUCUUUCUGUUGACAAGCCAUCGUGGCGGUGAUCACCAUUAUUACUUACAUUAUGUUGAGCCUUGAAAGAACAUUAAAGCAUUUUAUGAUUCACA